AUGGCCAUCCUUAGCGGGCAACGGACAUCAUCCUUCUUUCCGAAGGCAGAUGCGGCGAUUCUGACGUCGAAACACACUCCCCCAUCGACUCGUCCGCAAACCGUUGGGCCCGUUUACGAUCGACAUAAUGCCGAUCACCCGAUUGGGCCAUGGCCUUCAAACGUUGAAACGGCCUUCUAUCCCAAGACGGUGCCUUAUGCGCCCGCAUCCAUUCCCGAAAAGCCGCUUAGACCCCCUCAUCGAUAUCUGCGUGCCGUUCUUGCCGAGAAUGAAAGACUCAGAUUGUCUAUGCUUUGGUACUAUACCCGCGAUAUUCUCAAAGAGCAUGAGUUCCUCUCCGGGCUUCAGGAAAAAGCGCAUCUUGCCCAAGAAUCCACUGGAUGGGAGUUUGCCGUCAUCGGUAUUCUUGACGUCAACUUUUAUAUCCGGUUAGCCACAGUAGGGCUUCAGCUAGGCAUUCUUCCGCGUGGUGAAACUAUUUGCGCUCACACAGUUACUCAACCUCCUGGUAGCGUGUUUCUGUUACCGAGCCUCAUGGAGGACUGGAGAUUCCAAGAAUCACCUUACAUCGAGCAAGGCGGUCUUCGAGCAUACGCUGGUGCACCACUUCGCUUGCAAAACGAGUACGGAGAUUGUGUUGGCCUCGGAUCCCUUUGUGUGGCCUCAAGCACCAAGGAGGAGCCUUUGACCAAAACACAGCAGCAGGCUCUCGUUCGCCUAGCCGACUGGGUUGUCUCUGAUCUCGUUCAAUGUGCAAGAGCAAGACGCCAGCGGGAACGGCGCCAGAUGUCUGAACUCCUCUCCACAGCGCAGAGGGAAACCGACGACUCAGUCUCCGAGGAGCCGAUCCUCAGGAUACUGAGAACCACAUACCCCGAUACAGCAAUCAGCCUGCAACCGUUCAAGGCAACCCAUGUCGAGAUUGAUGGACGAGACCCGAUACCGAUUUCCUACUUCGAAGACGGCUUAUGGGAAGACACCGACUACCUUGACGACUUUAUUGCGAAUUCAAAUCAUCUUGAACUUCCAUCUAACAGGACAGUACGCAUUAUUGCCGCCCUUGCGAAAACUUGCGCCGGCAUGCUCUCCCAGAUGUGGCGCAAACGCCUUCUGAUGGAAGCAAUGAAAGCAAAGGAAAAGUUCCUUCGGGGGUUUUCUCAUCAGCUCCGCACCCCGAUCCAUGGUAUUCUCGGAUCCGUGGAACUCCUGGACGAGGAACUACAGGCCCGGAACUUGAGCGAAUCCGUCCUCCCGAUGUCAGCAUUGAUGGAAGAAGCCUCGGAGAGAGAUACGCGCGAACCCUCCAUGUACCUCAAUCUGAUUAAGAUGGCGGGUCGAGAUCUAACUUCCAUCGUCGACAACAUGAUCACCCUGAAUAGAUGGUCCGACAUUGCCAUUACAGACCGGCAUCAUGCCAUGCAUACUUUUGAUGAGCUGGAGGGGGAGAUAGAAAACGAGAUACUCAGACUAGCGUCGGGCGACACCCGUUACCAAACCUCUAUAUUCUUUAAUCACGACACUCCGCCCGGAGGUGACAGUUUUCGGACCGAUCUCGGUGUGCUUCGAGACACCCUGCUUCCACUUGUCAUCAAUUCUAUCCAAAACACCCCACGUGGGGUUGUAUCAAUAACCGCCUCGAUACAUCCGAAUCGCAAGCAACUUACUGUCGAUAUUGAGGACACCGGCCAUGGUAUUCAUCCCGAUCACCAGCAACGCAUCUUUGAACCGUAUGAAAAGAUUGACCCACACACGGCGGGCGCUGGAUUGGGUCUCACUCUUGCAUCUAAAUUUGCAACACUUCUCAACGGGACCAUCGAUUUAAUCUCGUCAGAAAUUGGCCGCGGGUCCCAUUUCAGAGCCACAUUCCGCGACGUUGCAUGUGUUUGCUCUCCCUUUCCAUCGCAGCCACUGGCUUCCAAGUUCAAUGACCUACCCUCAAAAUUCUUCCACAUAGCGACUGGCUCUGAUUGUCUAUCUUUAUGUGAACAUUUUAUCCCUUUUCUCGGCCGCAAUGGCUUUACCUCUUCGGACACCAUUGAAGACUCCAUCAUCAUACUUGAUGCUGUGCCUGACCUGGAACAACACCGCACGCACCUGUCUCGGAUACCAUCGGAUCAAGUUGCCAUUUGCCUUGUGCGGACUUCAGAAGAGGACUCACGCCUUGAAGAGAAUACGAAUAAUGUUGUUUACGCUACCGGGCUCUUUACCAUGUCGACUUUGCGUUCGACGCUCGAAAAAACAUACAAUCUUCUUCUGGAGAUCAAAUCUCGGGGCCCCUCAUGUCCGCUGCCCCCCAAUGAACCCCAAGUCAUGCUGUCAAACAUGUACCAAGGCCCAAACACAGACGAAAAGGCCACGUGCAAUCCAUCCACUAGCGACACGAUCAAUCCCAGCUCAAACGCCACAGUUCCGGCGAUAUCUCAGCCAGAUGCAGCAGCUUCUGCUGUAUUACGAAAGGCGACUCGAAUCUUCCCUGCUCUUACAACCUCCCCCAGACCCACAGCUCUGAUUGUCGACGACAAUGCCGUCAACCUUCGCAUAAUGGAGAUGUACUGUCGCAAACGAGGACUAGCAUCCUACUCCGCAGCCGAUGGCCUCCAAGCCGUUAAAAUUUUCUCCCAGCGGCAAGCGUUAUCCGCCACUGGUCAGGGUCCCUCAAUUGAACUGGUUUUCAUGGAUCUACAAAUGCCAGUGUGCGAUGGUAUCGAAGCCAUGGAGCAAAUCCGAUCCCUGGAGGAAAGGAACAACUGGUCGAAGAGCUACCUGUUUGUCAUGACUGGCCAAGAUAGUUCAUCGGAUAGAACGGCUGCGAAAGCUGCUGGCGGGGACGAAUUCUUUGUGAAGCCUGUUAUUAUCAAGCAGCUGGAUCGGGUUUUGAACCGAUAUUUCCCGGCAUUUGAGGCUAGUUAG